UCAAGCCACAACUAGUGGCACAUAGUUUUGAUGCCAAAAGGACGGUCAAAAUCUUCCCUGUACGACCUAGUUCACACCUAUAUAACAAUCAAAUUCCAUCGCCGAUGGUAUAACAAGUUCAUAGCCAUGGAUUCUGAAAACCCCUCAACCUUUGAAACCCAAGCCGAAGCACCUCCUCCACCAACCAACAACAUGGUUCAUAAAGUGAAAAGAAACUUAUCUUUUCAAUCCAAAUGGGCAGAACUGAAUGGCGCCAUGGGAGAUUUAGGCACCUAUAUUCCUAUUGUAUUGGCUUUGACACUUGCCAAAGACCUUAACUUAGGCACCACUUUGAUAUUCACUGGUGUCUAUAACGUUAUCACCGGCGCCAUAUAUGGUGUCCCAAUGCCUGUCCAACCCAUGAAGUCCAUUGCCGCGGCAGCUUUAUCGAACAGCUCGGAUUUUGGCAUCCCGGAAAUUAUGGCGGCCGGUAUUUGUACCGGUGCAAUUUUGUUGGUUUUGGGUGCUACAGGAUUGAUGCAGAUGGUGUACAGAUUGAUACCUUUGUCUGUUGUUCGGGGAAUUCAACUGUCCCAAGGCUUGUCAUUUGCUAUGAGUGCUGUGAAGUACAUUAGAAAGGUUCAGGAUUUUUCCAACUCGAAAUCUAUGGGGAAUAGACGGUGGUUGGGGUUGGAUGGAUUGGUUUUGGCCAUUUUUUGUGCUUGUUUCAUAAUUGUUGUCAAUGGUGCAGGUCAAGAAAGAAAUCAAAGUGACGCUAAUGUUGGUGAAGAAAGGGAUAUUAGAAGAAAAAGAAUGAAGAAAAUCAUGGCUACCAUGCCUUCAGCUUUCAUUGUUUUCGUGUUGGGAGUAGUGUUAGCAUUCAUAAGGAGGCCUAAACUGGAGAAUGACAUCAAGUUUGGACCUUCAGUUAUGGAGGUAUUGAAAAUACACGGUCAUUCAUGGAAGGAAGGGUUUAUCAAGGGGACGAUUCCUCAACUGCCUUUAUCGGUACUAAACUCGGUGAUUGCUGUCUGCAAGUUGUCCUCAGAUCUUUUUCCGGGAAGGGAGUUCUCGGCCACCUCAGUUUCAGUAACCGUGGGACUAAUGAACUUAGUGGGAUGCUGGUUUGGUGCCAUGCCAUGCUGCCAUGGUGCGGGUGGGCUAGCUGGGCAGUACAAGUUUGGGGGCAGGAGCGGUGGGUGUGUAGCCAUUCUUGGUGCAGCCAAGAUGGUAUUGGGUUUGGUAUUAGGAACUUCUUUGGUGACGAUAUUGCACCAGUUUCCGGUAGGCAUCUUGGGUGUUUUACUCUUGUUUGCAGGGAUCGAACUAGCAAUGACUUGCAGGGACAUGAAUUCAAAGGAGGAGUCAUUUGUGAUGUUAAUAUGUGCUGCAGUUUCACUUGUAGGGUCAAGUGCAGCACUUGGUUUUGUUUGUGGAUUGCUAGUGCAUGUGCUUCUUAAGCUAAGGACAAAAUGUAUGCCUUGAAAUGAAUAGCUGUAGCCUGUAUGAUAUACCAUUGAAUUUCCUUACUAUUAGUGUUUUUAAA